GGUUGCGCUCUUGCAGGUGUGCUGGGGGUGAAGUGAAACGUCGCCGGCACCAGAGGAAACUCUCCAGGUGGCCCGGGAGGCUUAGCGCCUCAGCAUAUCUCGGGAGGCAAGUUAUCAUCUCCCUGGCAUGAAUGUGUUACAUUAAAAAUCAUGGAGCUAGGAAAGGCAAAGCUUCUGAGAACUGGCCUUAAUGCGUUGUACCAAGCAAUUCACCCUGUGCAUGGCAUUGCCUGGACAGAUGGGAAACAGGUCAUACUAACUUCUUUACAUCUUCAUAAUGGAGAACCGAAGUUUGGUGACUCAAGUGUUGUUGGUCAGUUCGAACACGUUCAUGGACUCUACUGGGGCCCGUGCCCUGCUGAUACCCCAGCUCUGCUUGCUGUUCAACAUAAAAAGCAUAUCACUGUUUGGCAGCUCUGUUUUAAUGCUGCAGAAAGAAAUAAGCUUUUAGUUUCUCAGAUAUGUGACAUCGGUGAGCCAUUUCCAGUGCUGCCCCAAGGCUGCGUAUGGCAUCCGAAGAAGGAGAUCUUGGCUGUGCUAACUACACGGGAUGCCUCAGUCUUGCACUCUGUUCAUCUCAACAACUUGAGAAUUAAAGCAGAUAUUAAAGGCAGCGGUCUCAUCCAUUGUGCUUGUUGGACUAAGGAAGGCAAUCGUUUGGUAGUCGGAGUAGGCAGUGCCCUUCAUUCUUAUAUAUGGGAUGAUGCUCAGAAAACACUGAAUGCUUGCUCUUUUUGCCCAGUCUUUGAUGUGGGAGGCUACAUCUGUGCUAUAGAAGCUACACUGAAUUUCCAAGUGGCUGUUGCUACAGAACUUCCUCUAGACAAAAUCUGUGGCUUAAAUGCUGGUGUUGCGUUUGAAAUUCCAACAAGCAUUGAAACAGACUCUUUUCCCUCACAGUCUAGCUUAUGUGGCGAGGAAGAGCAUUCCAUGGAUGGGGGGAAAAAAUCACUGGACUCAGAGAAGCCUGCGUCUGUUGUUACAUCUCCUGUGGAUCUCACUCACAUACUUUCUAGCAAGCAGGCUGCCGAUUCCAGUCCUCUUCUUCACCUGAGGCCCAAGGACUACCUAACAGGAAGUGGCCAAGAUUCGUCUCAUCUCAUCUUGGUGACUUUUGAAAGGAAAGUUACCUCUACCAAAAAAGUUAGCGUCCCAGGCAUUCUGGUUCCUGAUAUAAUGGCUUUUGACCCCAAAACUCAAACUGUAUCAGUUGCGUCCAAUACUUGUAAUAUUAUUUUAGUGUAUUCACUGACUUCAUCCAAUUUACCCAACAUUCAACAAAUUCAGCUAGAGAAGAAUGAAAAGCCAAAGGGUUUGUGCUUCUUGACCAAUAAAUUAUUGUUAAUAAUGGUUGGAAAACAAAAAUUCACUGACCCUGCAUUUCUUCCAUCUUCAAGAUCAGACAAGUACAUGAUCCGCUUGAUGAUUAAGGAACUAAUAUUUGAAGUGUAUCCUUCAACGCCUGCAUCAGCUAAUGUGAGCUCCAGUUUUAAUCUUCUUUCCAGCAUACCUCAAGACUUUUCUACAGACGUUCACCCUCAAAACAGUGGACUCCUGAUACCAGGUCGUGCUGCUAUUCAGUCCCCUACCAGCAGAAGAAAACUCAUUGAAGAAAUUAAGAGCCCCACUUAUGAGCAAGGCUUGUUGUUGAAUGUGAGUGACCUCAAAGAAAAAAAGAUUUCCAUGAAUUUUCCUCCAGCUGUUGAGUCUCUGGAUGCUGAACCAGUUAAUCGGUCCGUGGCACUGUCUGCCACACCACUGGCGUUUUGUAACAAGCCAACAUCUCCAAAAAGGCAGACGGAUGCAGCUUCCAAUAUACCAAAUUCUUUUAAGAAUAACUUACUGUUAAGUGAAAAGGAAGCAAGUUACUUUUCGAAAAAUAUAGAAAAACUGUCUGGUAACUUUACGGAAUUACAGCAUCAUCUCUCUGAAUUAACUGAGCUGCUAAAAUCUGGGAAGAGAAGUCUUCCAGCCUACCCAUCUUCUGAGGAACCCUCUUUUAUUAACAUCACCUAUCAGAAGCAGCUUUCCAGAAAUGGUUCAGAUGAAAGGCGAGCUGUUAUUCUUUGUGAUGGUAAACUUCGUCUAAGUGUAGUCCAGCAAAUAUUCAACCUCUCUCUUGUAGAAAUGCAACAUGGUUCGUCUUGGGUUGUUCUCACAGCAGACAGUGAGGGCUUCAUUCCGUUAAUGUUUACAUCCAUGCAGGAGAUAGUCAUAAGAGAUGCCAGCACGAAAGGCUACAGUGUCCGUUCUUCCAAAACUUUGGACAUCAUCAGUUCUACGGAAGGGUGUAGACCUGCUUCUUCUGAAAGCUUGGACAUCACGAGUUCUUUGGAAGUCCUCAGAGACUGUUCUUCCAAGAGUUUAGGUAGCAGCAGUUCUUCAGAACAGUCAAACAGUAAAAUGUAAUUUUUAACAGCGAUUUUGUAAUGCCUAUCUUUUGUGAUAGAGUUUUAAAUUUACUCUACAGGACUGAAUUUUUAAAUAAUGGUUUGUCUUAUACCUCUGAAUUUCCACCGUUUGUUGGGGAUCACUGUAAAUCGUGUCAUUAUUUAUUUGGUCGUCCUUGGAAACGUUAGCCUUGUCUUUUUUAACUGAGGAGGUUUUAAAUCUGCCUCUUGCUACGUGUUACAGACUAGGUCUUUGUAUCGUUUGUAUCCUCCAAUCACUUUAUAGCGGUUGAAAAAAAUGAGUUCUUACAAGCUCCAGAGCUGAGGUUUCCAUCUUGGUCUUUAAUAUGUCGGUGUUUGUAGAUGAUAGCACACUUGUAUGAUAAAGAAAUUCUUGAACACAUUAAAUUUUUUCCCCAUUUCCUCGCUUCUGUCAAAUCCUGAAAUAUGUUACUGUUCUUAUUCAGGAACUUCCAGAUGCUGUGCCUACAGGAGCGCACAUACUUUUGCCCUGGUCUUAGCUAAUGGCACAAGCACCAGUUUAGGUAUAUGGAAUUUGGGCCAAUGUGAUCACAUUGAAUAGCCGUACAGUGUAGUAGCAAGGCCCUUUUCUCUUCCUCUGCCCCCCUAUUUGUUUCUGUAUACUUACCCUCUGUGUAAAUUUGGGAAAGUUGCUAUCACAUGUAUAAUCUCAAUAGUCAUAAAAUGACAUUAAAGUUGAUUACACCGAGACAACUGUAAGCAUUUGCUAGUUAAUAUUUUUAAACUGGCUUCAAUUCACCUAUUUCAGCUUUCAUAGGCAAUACAUGUAUGUAUUGAACUUUCAGAGGAGAAUUUUAAUAUAAUCUAUUUUAAUAUAAUUUGUAGAGCUUUCAGUUUAAAGGUUAACUGAAGAAAAUGUUCUAUAGGCAUUUAUAAUGAAAGAGAAAAUUCAGGGGUAAAAUUUUAGAUAACAACCCAAGUUAUGAAGCAUGGAGUUCAGCAUUGCAAAAAAAAAAAAAAAAAAAAAAAAAAAAAAGGUAGUCCAAGAUUGCUACCUGUAGAACUAAAGCAUGAUAAAAUUAAAGAGUUUGUCAGCCUUUCACAGUGGCACUUAACUGUGUGAGAAGGAAUCAAGCGAAGAGAUUGUAGAAUUGGAGCUGCUGUCUCAAGACUAGUAUAAUUUUUAUUUUCUUUAUUUUUAAUUGCCUAUUUGGAAAUUUAGCCAUUGUCAAUAAUCAGCUGUCUGCAACAUACAAAAUUAAAGAUAAAAUGGUAGCUAAAGCUGCAGAGAGAACUGAGUGUUUUGUGUUGCAACAGAAAGUUAACAGCCUCAGCUUUUUAUGAACAAGAGACUCGGAUGAAAUAAUGGUCUGGCCUGCCCCAAAGUAUAACAGCAAACAAAGGCCUCAAUAUCUGAAAUGUAUCAAAUGUAUGGCUCAUAAUACCAGGGCUUUAAUUUUCAAUACUGAAGACAUUUUGAGAGAACAGUGCACCAGUUAGAAAUUAUUGUACUCUAAUAUAGGGGGCUGAAGACAGGAACUAAUAGAGUCCAGACUUAGGCUGCUACUACCUUGUUGUGAUAGCACGGGUAAGUAAUUUUUUUUUUUUUUAUUUUCAAUUUAACUGUAAUAGAGGUUAAUAAUAAUGCUUCAAAUAAUAGACUUUGUAACGCAUAAUGCAGCAAGUGUACAAAGUAUUAUUUAUGAAUAAAUUUAGUAGGUGAACCAGCUUACUUCUUCCAGACAGCUCAUUAAAAUGUAUAGAAAAGAUUACAUUGAAAAGGAAACCAAACACACACACAAAACCUGGAAGAUGUUAAACUUUUUUUUUUAGUUAGCACCCUCUCGUCUGUAGAAGACCACAGAAACUAGUGCAAAACUGAUUAGAGCCAUUAGCUUACUCAUGUGCUUCAGUUAUUUACCUUCAGGACAACUUCAAAGACUUUGUGGUGCUGUGAUAAGCAUGAGUUAUAGCAGUUGAAUUUAAAGUGCAGCUUGUAAUUUACCUUUUCUAAGUCGUUCUCCAAGUUUGGCUUUCAUUGGAGGCAAUUCUUUGUCCACUGUUGUAGAUACUACAAGUUAAUACUGUGACAGGGAGUUACGGUACGUGUGAUAUACAUAAGCUUGGAGAUGGGGACACGUAUACCUUGGAGAUAAAAAGCCCUUGCUGCAAUUCCACUAGGUCUUGAAGACAGAAGCAUUAUUACACUGGGGUUUAUGUCAAGAAAUGCACAGC